UGAAGAAAGGAAGAAAGCCUCUCCCACUCGAAUCCAUUUUCUCUGUAUGCAACAGGCGAUAUUCUGGUCUUAGCUUCAAGCCACCUUUUGUAUUGGCUUCUUUAAAUCCUACAUUUCUUUAAUUUUCAAUUGUCGAUUUUUAGCUAACUUUAAUAUUUAUAUUGAUUUCGAUGAAAACCUCUUAAUUUAUUCAUGUUAACGCGCUAAAGAUCGACAGCAGAUGUUUCUCCACCCACCCAAGAUCUUCGGUUUUAUUAUAUAUUCUUGAAGAUUUGGUCUCUCUUGGGGAUUCUUAGAAACUAAUGGCGACGGCGACAAUGGCUACUGCCGUCGGUGCGGCGAUGCUUCUGUAUUAUGUGUUGAGUCGGAGAUUGUCGCCGAAGGAUGGGGAAGAGGAUAGGAGCGGAGACUUUUCGAAAUCGAGUCGAUCAGGGAGGAGAAGAAUCUCUCGGCGGCCUGCCCAAGCGCCUGCUACGUGGUUUGAAGCGAUCACUACGUUAUCGGAGACACUUAGAUUUACGUAUUCGGAAACCCUAGGCAAAUGGCCGAUUGGGGACUUGGCUUUCGGCAUAAAUUAUCUCAUGCGGCGGCAAGGUGACAUACAUGUUGCAAGUGUGUAUGCUGGAAGCAAUUCUCUACAGCUUAAAGGUCCUGAAAUUCUGGUUGAACUGACCUAUCUUCUCAGAUUGUUGACAUUUUGCAUGCUUUUUUCAAAGAAGCCAUUUCCAGUAUUUUUGGAGUCUGCUGGUUACUCCCAAGAAGAUGUUCUUCUUCAAGAACCCAAGGCAGGGCUUCUGAAGCCUGCUUUCACAAUUCUACGUGAUAGAAGUUCAAAAUGCUUCUUGCUAUUAAUUCGGGGAACUCAUAGCAUUAAGGACACACUAACAGCAGCAACUGGGGCUGUGGUCCCUUUUCACCAUUCAAUUUUACACGAAGGCGGUGUCAGUAAUUUAGUUUUAGGUUAUGCACACUGUGGGAUGGUUGCUGCAGCUCGUUGGAUUGCAAAACUCAGUACCCCUUGCCUUCUUAAGGCACUUGGUGAUUAUCCUGACUACAAAGUCAAGAUUGUUGGGCAUUCACUGGGUGGUGGAACAGCUGCACUCUUAACAUAUAUUCUUCGAGAACGUAAAGAAAUAUUUUCAGGCACUUGUGUAACAUUUGCUCCAGCUGCCUGUAUGACUUGGGAAUUAGCAGAAUCAGGCAAGCAUUUCAUUACAACUAUCAUAAAUGGUUCUGAUCUGGUGCCAACAUUCUCAGCUGCUUCUGUUGAUGAUCUUCGUUCUGAGGUCACGACAUCAUCUUGGUUAAAUGAUCUCCGGGAUCGAGUUGAGCAUACAAGAUUUCUUAAUGUUUUCUAUCGGUCUGCAACUGCUCUGGGAUCUCGUCUACCAUCUAUAGCUAGUGCAAGAGCAAGGGUUGCGGGUGCUGGUGCACUUCUGCGUCCUGUCUCCAACAGUACUCAGGUUGUGAUGAAACGAGCACAAAAUGUUGCUCAGGCCGUUGUCAAGAACCGCUCUUCUCUGUCAUCAUGGUCAUGCAUGGGUGCCCGUCGCCGUGUUGUAGCCUCAACAUCAAACACCAAAGAGGAAGAACAUGCGGCAGAUUCUCCUCUAAUAUCUAAAAGAACUUCUGAAUGCAUUGCGACUGAAGUAAUAGAUGAACUGGAUUUUCGUUGCUCAAGGGGGCAACAACCUGAGCAUGAUGAGACAGAGGAAGAUGAGGAGCUCUGUCCUGUGGAGGGUGUAAUUAGUACAUCCACAGUUGAGGAGAUGACAGAAGGGGAGUUGUGGUAUGAGCUAGAGAAGGAACUUCAUAGGCAGGAAAUUGAAGCCAAUGUUCAGGUCCAGGAAGAAGAAGCUGCAGCUGCAAAAGAAAUUGCAGAAGAGGAGGUGUUGGCUGAUGCAGUAGAAAAAAAGAGGCCUACCACAUCAUUGGAUGCUUCAGAAACCCAGCGCUUCUAUCCACCUGGUAGAAUCAUGCAUAUUGUUGCCAUACCACCUGACACAACUGAUUCUGGCAAUGGUGGUUCCAACAAGGAACGUGUUGGUAUUUAUGAGACUCCUCGAGACCUGUAUAGUAAACUCCGUCUCUCAAAAACUAUGAUAAAUGACCAUUAUAUGCCUAUGUAUAAGAAGAUGAUGGAACAAUUAAUCAGUGAAUUAGAAAAUGAUGAAGAAAACAGUGCCUGUAUAAUGUAAAGGAGAAAUAAAGACGGUUCUUUUUUGUAUACAUAUUUUUGUACAAUUUAUAAGUGGUAGUGGUGCA